GUCCCCUAGACUAACAUGCUGCAUACCGGCGGUAAUUUUUAAUUGUGCACACAUGUGGAAGAGGAUAAGUAGAAGAAUUCUGUCUUAUCAAUUUGCACUGAGGUCUUCACUGGUACUCACAAUGGGUAAAGAGAAGAAGAGUUACUAUGCUGUAAGACGUGGCAGAAAAACUGGAGUGUACACAUCAUGGGAUAAGUGUCAGGCUCAAGUCAAUGGGUUCUCAGGGGCAGUCUUCAAAGGGUUCUCUACCAAAUCUGAAGCCGAAGCGUAUGCUAAAACGACUGGAGGGUAUUCUGCAGUUGCACGUAGUACAUAUUCCAGAGCCAGAGGUAGAGGCAGGGCUGGACGCUAUUCAGGCAAAGAUUUCUCUACCGAAGAUUGUGCUAUACCAACUGGUGGGUAUUCUGCAGGUGCACACAGCAGAGGUAGAGGCAGGGCUGGACGCCAUUCAGGCAAAGAUUCUUCUACUAAAGCUGAAGCCAAAGAUUAUGAUAUACCAACUGGUCGGUAUUCUGCAGUUACACAUGGCAGAGGUAGAGGUAGAGGCAGAGCAUCAGACAAAGGGUUCUCUACUAAAACUGAAGCCCAAGAUUAUGCUAUACCAACUGGUGGGUAUUCUGCAGGUGCACACGGCAGAGGUAGAGACAGCUAUUCAGGAGCACAUACCGCCUAUGCUGAAGACUUUACAAGCGGCAGUAGAUCAGCGUCAAAACAAACUCAUUCAAGAUGUUACUCGUGUGGUGGGCAGAGUAGUCGCCCCGUAGUAUAUUCCGAUGGUAGCUGCUUUGGUAAUGGCUACGGAGGAGCAUCUGGUGGAGUUGGUGUAUUUUGGGGAGACAACCAUCCCUAUAAUGUGAGUGAGAAGUUGGAAGGUCACCAGACAAACCAGAGGGCAGAGCUUGUGUCUGCUUGCAGGGCUUUGGAAACUGCCAUACAGCAGGGGUACAGUGCAAUUGAGCUGAAAACUGACAGCACCUAUACCAUUAAAUCAAUAACUGAAUGGAUCCCGAAAUGGCGAGAAAAUGGAUGGAAGACUGUUACGUCUAAAGCUGUGAAGAACCAAGAAGAUAUUGAGAGGCUGGACUGGCUCUGUCAGCAAAUCGAUGUUCAGUGGACAUAUGUACCUGGCCAUAGAGGUAUUCAUGGAAACGAAGUAGCUGAUCACUUGGCUAAGGCUGGCUCUCACAAGGACACCUAAUGUAACCUAAUGUAACUUGCAAUCAUCUUCACUUAUCAGUUUCCCCCCUAAUUAACCCAUCAAAUCAUUUACUCGUUUAGUAAAUAUGUUGUGUUGUGUUUAUUGACAUUUAUUUAUUCAUUCACAAUAAUAAGUUACAAACUAAAAUGACAAUGGUAUGUUGCUGACAACUCUAGAAGAGCUAAACACAGUUGUACACUUGAGCCAAACACUGAUCACUCUGCAGGGAAAAAUGGACUAGUGAUAAAGACAUGCUACCAAUUAAGUAGAGACGCUUCACCUUCGAAACUGGCUUUCAUACUUGCUGCUACAGCUUUAGCAUCGUAGUUCUUGUAGAAAUUCUCAUACAAAGUUCUUCUAGGCUGGCACACUCCAAACCACCACAUGGCCCCAGCUGCCCAGCCCAAAGUCAUUGCAGUAACUAAAUCCCGCAUCACCUGCCUCUUCAAGGCACCUCUCAAUUGCACUGGCAUUAUC